GAAAGAUGAGAAGUCAGACAAAGGGUGGAGAUGUAUGACUUCACCUUUUUCUUUUUUUAUCCUCAGGUAAGCCGCUUUUCAGGAAGUUGCCUUGUAAUAAAUACCUCCAUACAAGCAUACCAAGUUCCCUCUCACACAAACACACACCUUUACAAUCCUCAGUUUGACUGAUGGUUGAUCUGACAUGUUUUGGUCUCUUGAAGCCAAAUGAAGAAACAUGAAUCAUAGAAAGACAGUGCAUUUACCUCAGCUCAGCAACGCAAUGCAGCUGAAUCUCAUGGACAUGGUGAAAUCGGGGAAAAUGAGUAUCGACGAAGCUGUAAAUCAGGCUAGAAGUGACUCAGAACAGAAGCAAAGGAACUUAGACCUGGAGGAAGAACAGCCGUCACAGUAUAACUUCAGUGUCCGCAAGUUCAACCGCUACAUAUGGCAGAAACGAGUGCUGCAGAUUGAUUUCAGCACAAGCCUAAUGUGCAGCAUCGAGAAAGGCAUCGUGAAACGCCAGCUCCUCUUUUCUGAUGUGAAAAACUGCCAUGAAGCUACAGGUACCAGGUUCUCCAUUUCGUUCAGAGGUCGGACUGACUAUGAGCUGGAAGCUGCAUCUUUAGAGGACAAGCAGAAGAUCAUGCUGCUGGUAAAUCAGAUCAUCUACAGUAACAUAUACAGCCCUCCUGUAAAUGGGUCUGUUGAAAGGAAAAGCUCACACUUACCUCCAGACAACGUCAAAGAGGGACAGCUUUUACUCCAGAGAGGAGGACUGGCAUCAUUCAAAUGGAAAAAAUAUGAAGCUCAUCUUCAGACUGGUCAGCUGACCUUGUGGACUGUUGCUCAGCAAUCUGCCAGCAGUAAUCCAGACGACUUCGUUUCCUCCAGCGAGACCGUCUGGACUCUCUCAGACAUUUACGACAGUGUGGAUGAUAUCAGGUGUGCUGGGGGUGAUGGGACAGCUGUUAUCAUCCAUCUCUCAGACGGUAAUGUCAGGGUGGAGACCUCCUGCACCACCGACACCUUCACGCUGAUCAACGACAAGAAUGACUUCCUGUUCCGAAUACCAAAAAGCGAAUAUAUGACCUCAGAGGCAAUCAAAUAUGAGCGGGACGCCUGGGUGAAAGCGAUCAAACAAUUAUGUGUGGACUGGAAACGAAAGUCACAACAUGAACACUUCUAUGAAGCCCCUGAAAGAGCUCUCAUUGACGGUACAAAGUCAGAAAGUAAGACACAGAAUGACCACAUGCAGGUCACACCUCCACCAGUGCCACCGACACCGAGACCACGUUUACCCAAAACAUUCCCAGCUGAGCUUGUAGAUAAUCCAACAACACUAGAGCCAGAAAUCGUCACCAUGAAAGCGUCAGAACCGAAGCCAGCCCGGACAGCAGAGUUCAGAUCUGUGUUCAAGCCAACCUCACCAGUGGCCACAUGCUCAUCACCGUCUCUGACUUUGUCGUUUUUAUUGCCCCCACCUUUGCCUGUGCCGUCAGCAGUUCCAGGUCCUGUACCGCCCGCUCCUUUGCCCCCUCCGCUGCCCAUGAAAUCCAAGCAGCUUUCAGAGAGGACAAAAGCUUUUCACUGGGACCCGGUGGCUUAUGAUAAGAUCGAGAAGUCAAUAUGGUCUUGCAGGAACCCCAGGAAGACUGAAAUUGACACCUCACGCUUGCUUGAGCUGUUUGGAGUUAGAGAGUUAGGCGGCCCAGGCCGAUCAGAGUCCACCAGUACUAUGGAAAUCAUGUUGAAUUCAAGGAUCGCUCACAAUUUCAAUAUUUUCCUCAAAAGUUUCCCUGUGCAUCCGAAAGAGCUCAAGGACAAAUUGUUGAUUAUAAAUGAAGAGGAAGGGGGUCUCUCAGACGAGCAUAUUGCCUCUCUCAGGAGAUACGUGCCCACCGCAGAUGACAUUGAGAUGUAUAAAUCGCAUAAAGGAGACUUGACUGAACUGCAUGUGGUGGACCAGUACAUGAUGGAGAUGUGUAACAUCCCGGACCUGAGCGCCCGCCUGGACCUGCUGCUCACGCUGCGAGAGCUGCCCAUCUGUAUGGAGGACCUCACGCCGCUGAUUAUCCAGAAGAUCCGUAUGUGCCAGCAGCUGUGGGCUUGUGAGCCAUUUGUCAGUGUGCUGGAGUACCUUCUGGCUGUGGGCAAUUACCUCAACCAGAACGCAGGCAAGGACAGGACCAAGGGAUUCCGCCUCUCAUCCUUAACUAAGCUUUCUCAGCUGCGCGGGAACAAUCGGAAGUUCACCUUGCUGCAUGCCCUUGUGGAGCAGAUCAUGUUGCGAGAACCACGUUUGGCCACCUUUUUCCUGGAGCUUGCAGAAUUCGAGACUGCUUCUGGCGCUUCGGUUAAAGGUCUAACAGCAGAGGUGGAUGUCGUGAAGAACGAGUUUCAGAAGGUCAUCCAGUACAGGAAAGCACAAAAACGGAAAAACACAGCGGCCAAUCAGCACCCCAAAUUCGUCAAAGACUUGAAGAUGGCCAUCGAGAAGCAAGAGGCUGAUUUCAGACAGCUGAUGAAGAGGUGUGAGGAGAUGAGGAAGCUCUACACUGACAUAUUGGUAAAAUUCGGAGAGCCUUUGGAUCAAGACUCCCAAGAACUUUUCGGAUGGAUUUGCCAAUUUAUUAAUGACUUCAAGAAAGUAUACUCUGAAUACGCUCAUUGAUCCUGAAUUUCCGUUCAGAUAGACACAUCUAAUGCAGUAGGUGUUCGUACAGUCUGUGUGAAUUGGCACCUGCUUUCUCAAACAUUUCAAAGGCGAG